CGCCAAGAUGGACCAGCUGCAGAUCCUGGACAACCUCCUGACCAACUACGACCGCCGCAGCACGCCGACCAACCACCUCAACAACGCCACCAAAGUGGUCUGCGAGCUCUACAUUCGGAGUUUCGGCUCCAUCAGUCCUGCUACCAUGGACUACGAAGUGGACUUGUACCUCCGGCAGAAGUGGCAGGACGAGCGCUUCAAGCACCCCGAGAUCACGGAGGCCCUGGACCUCAACGACCCCAACCUGGUGAAGGCCAUCUGGAAGCCCGAGGUGUACUUCCCGAACGCCAAGCACGCCGAGUUCCAGUUCGUGACGGUGCCCAACGUGCUGGUGCGCAUCAACCCGGACGGCGAGAUCCUCUACAUGCUGAGGCUCAAGCUCACCUUCUCCUGCAUGAUGGACCUCUCCAAGUUCCCGCUGGACAGCCAGGUCUGCACCAUGGAGGUCGCCAGCUUCUCCAAGACGACCGAGGAGCUCCGGCUGGAGUGGAAGUCUGUGAAUCCCGUCCUCAUGGGCCGAGGCCUACGCAUGCCCCAGUUCGAGAUCGUCAAGAUCGAGGCCAGCGAUUGCCAAGAAUCGUUCCAAAUAGGGAACUACAGCUGCCUGGUGGCCUCGUUCUUCCUGUCGCGGUCCGUGGGCUUCCACCUGGUGCAGAGCUACCUGCCCACCAUCCUCAUCGUCGUCAUCUCCUGGGUGUCCUUCUGGAUGGACGUGGACUCGGUGCCGGGCCGCACCACGCUGGGCGUCACCACACUGCUGGCCGUGUCCUCGCAGUCCUCGGGCAUCCAGAGCGGGCUGCCGCAAGUGAGCUACGUGAAGGCCAUCGACGUCUGGAUGGGCACCUGCACAGCGUUCGUCUUCUGCGCCCUGCUCGAGUUCACCUUCGUCAACUACAUGUUCCGCAAGCCGGCGCAGAGCGAGCGCCACAAGAUGAAGCGCAAGAACCUGGCGGGCGCCGAGAACGGCGAGGCGGGCGGCAACGCCAAGGCGGCGGCGGACGGAGACAUCCCGCCGGAAGCGGUGGCGCUCACCUCGGCCGGGCUGCAGGCCCACCUGCACCACCACCGCAUCGAGACCGAGCAGGAGGCCUUCGCGCGCCGCAUCGACGAGAUCUGCCGCGUCGGCUUCCCCGCCGUGUUCGCCGUCUUCAACGCCAUGUACUGGUCCUACUACCUGCAGGCGUAAGGGCGGGGAGCGAACGGAGUCCUCGACUCGCCCGCCCUGCCUCGCCGGCCCGCGGCUGCCCCGCCCGCGGCCUUGCUGCCGGCCCGCAAGCGCCGACCAGUAGAACAAACUGGCCACGGGCCGAUCUGCGGCGCGCGGACAAGAGUAGAGUGUGCGUGUAUUUUUUUUCCUGGAGCGUUGCGAAAAGCGGCAACGCCCCUCGAGGGGGAGGCGGGCGGUGGCGCCUGCCGGCCAGACGCCGCCGCGGCAACCCCCUCGCCCUCUAGCGGACAAAAGUGGAACUGCAGGCCUCGCGCGCCAGCGAUGGCCACCGCGACGCCUGCCCGCGCCUCAGCCCAGUGUUGCCCUGCCAGAGUUAAUUUUCCCUUUAGCGUAGUCUUAGGCGAAACGACGACCAAAGAGAUGGAUAGGGGUUGUAGGGGGGCCAACUUGAGAGUGGAACCUCUAGCUGCCGGGCCGCUGGCCUCUGGUACAGCUCCCUGUUGUGAUAAAACGGUUUUGGCGUUGGCUGUGUCGGCCUUUCCGGUGCGAGACUCUGAGACACUGCGUAAUCCGGGACGACUAUCAAAGUAGUCCUCGUGACCUCGCCCACCUCGCCACCGGACUCGGCCGCACACAUGCCGUCUUGGGUUCAGAGGCCUUGCUCAUCGGUGAGAAUACAAAGACGUGUGAUAUUUGUAGAAAGCAGAUUUCGAGUUUGUACAUUCAUUAUUUAAAAAAAGUUAUCUAUAUUACUCAAGUGGGUAUUUUUGCAUAAAUGAGUUUGAGGUCCAUUGGUGGCCACAAAAACCUUAAGUGUAAAAAAAAUAUUUAACAAAUGUCAUUACUUAUGGAGGAUCUGUAUAUUUUGAUAUUCUAUGAUUUUUUGUCUUGAUGUGUAGUACUCAUGUUUAAUGGUUUCAAAGUAAGUAAUGUGUCUCUUUAACUUAAGCUAAGUAGAUGGAUCAGUUCGAUUAGAUUUACAAAGGUGCCUUGAAAAUCUUGCAUCACGGAGCAUAGGUUUGUUUCUUUGUUUAAUUGUUCAAUUGUUUGUUUGAAAAUUUUAUCUACAUUGUACUUCUGAGUCAUAAAAACAAAAGGACAAGUUUCAUAGUGGAAUGGCUAAAUGCUAAAACAUAAACAUUUUAAACACAUAUUGUUUCUGUCAGUCUUCCUUCGUGAUUGGAAAAUAGUGCAUACUGCCCCAGGGAAGACAAAACAAAUACGCGCGAGAACGCGUGUCAGGCAAAACCGGCCAACACGACAAACGUCCAGUUAUCGACGUCAAAACGGUGACAAAAAAAAUGGGGAGCAAACCCGUGCGCUUCCCAGAAGCCACUUUGUCGUCAUUUUGAUGACAGCAUCCAAAACAAUAGAUACUGAGGCGAUUAGGAUAGAGAUUUUAUUCUUUGGAAUUCAUUUUACGUUUGGAAUUAGGACGCCCGGGGGCAAGCCUGGGGCCUCCCGCAAGCACUAUAGUGAAUUGCAACAUCACUGGAAAGGAGGCUGCGACCCCCUUCCAGUGCAGUAGUUUAUACUAUCAAUUAGAAAUCGAGCACGAAAGCUCUUGUACAUCUUGUGCAUAUUUUGAAUUCGUUUACUAAGCAUAAAACCCCGCAUGUUUCACUCUACUACUACUUCUACUCUGCACGCCAUUUCCGAAACAAUUUAGUGACGACCAAUUCACUAUUAAAAUUUAAUGUUUCCUCCCCUGCACCAACCCAUACCUAAACAGUUUCCCAGUGCCUUAUACUCGCAUCACUAUUUACAAACCCACACCGAGUUUUUCCUCUCAUUUCAAGACGAUGGCGAGGCAGGCUAACGUAGAGCGUCGCGUCGCCUUCUGGAUCCACCACUGCUUCGCUGUAGACACAAACUUGUUUUGAGGGCAGUAGUGGCCCCCACCGAUGUACCGUAGUUCAUUUACAGUCCUUUAUGAAUCCAGUGGCGCCUAUUGCGCUGUCUUGUCGCCCCGUGUCUCGCACUGUUUUUUGUUUUUAAUGUGCUUUAUAUGUUUUGAAGUGUAAAUUGGUGAAAUAAAUUGUGGGUGGUCUUCCCUGGUGACUCAUGUGAGUUGUCGAGGGAAUCGUCAUCCGCACGGCGGGUUUGCCGGAAUGAGUCACAAAGCAGCCCAUUGCCGAUGACAACCUUGUGGUUGGUUACUCGCGACAAUUUUCUUCUUUCCCUCUGUCAUUCAUCUCUUCUUAAUCGUUAAUUGUUGUACUUUUUGGGGAUGCGGAUAAACUGGGAUUUCUUAGCUGUCUUUUGUGUUUUCUUAGCUGAUAAGUGUUGUAAACAAAAUCUGGAUUUCCAUGUGAAAAAUCGUGUAAAUAAAGUGUUUAAAUAGUA